AGUCUUUGCAUCACUGAUCUCCUUUCCUUGAGCACUUCCGACGCAUCACUCCCUUUUAGUAAGGCCACAUACCACAUUUCUAACCCACGAUGUUGUCGCGAAACUCUGCCAGAGCUGCCCAGCGCCUGGCGCGAACAGCCAACCGUCAACAAUCGCACAUCCAAAAUGCUUCGCGAUCUUUUGCGACGGUCCAAUCCGACAUUUUCAAGCCUACGAAGUAUGGCGGCAAAUACACUGUUACCCUCAUUCCCGGUGACGGUAUUGGUGCCGAGGUAGCUGAGAGUGUCAAGACUGUUUUCAAGGCCGACAACGUGCCCAUUGAUUGGGAGCAAGUCGACGUCUCUGGUGUGGAAAGUGGUUCGCCUGGUAGCCUCGAGGAAAUGUUCCGGGAAUCUGUCGCUUCCCUCAAGAGGAACAAGCUGGCAUUGAAGGGUAUCCUCCACACGCCUAUCAGCAGAUCAGGACACCAGAGUUUCAACGUCGCUCUGCGACAAGAACUCGACAUCUACGCCUCUAUCUCGCUCAUCAAGAACAUCCCUGGCUACAACACCCGUCAUAAGGACGUCGAUCUAUGCAUCAUCCGAGAAAACACCGAGGGUGAAUACAGCGGCUUGGAGCACCAGAGCGUACCGGGCGUCGUCGAGUCCCUCAAGAUCAUCACCCGAGCCAAGUCGGAGCGAAUUGCCAAGUUCGCUUUCUCGUUUGCGCUAGCUAACAACCGCAAGAAGGUUACCUGUAUCCACAAGGCCAACAUCAUGAAGCUGGCUGACGGUCUCUUCCGAAGCACCUUCCAGAAGACUGCUGCCGAAUACCCUACCCUCGAGACUAACGACAUGAUCGUCGACAACGCCAGCAUGCAGUGCGUGUCGCGACCCCAACAAUUCGACGUCAUGGUUAUGCCCAACUUGUACGGUGGCAUCCUGUCCAACAUCGGUGCCGCUCUCGUCGGUGGUCCUGGUAUCGUUCCCGGCUGCAACAUGGGUCGCGAUGUUGCCGUCUUCGAGCCUGGUUGCCGACACGUCGGUCUCGAUAUCAAGGGCAAGGACCAAGCCAACCCUACCGCUCUUCUUCUCUCCGCAUCUAUGCUGCUCCGCCACCUGGGUCUUGACGACCAUGCCAACCGCAUCUCCAAGGCCGUUUAUGGUGUGAUUGCCGAAGGCAAGUACCGCACCCGCGACAUGGGUGGUGAUUCCACCACUCACGAAUUCACCCGUGCCAUCCUAGACAAGAUGGACACCUUGUAAACAACCCAUUCCUAUAACCUUACACCUAAACCCGAAAACUACGGCCUACUUCCUACGUGUUGCUCUGAUAGAUACCUAGAGGAUAGGAGGAACGAUAGCAUGACUACAUGGAGUCACGGAAGGCGACGUUGGAGAGUCCUAU